AUGAGGGCCAUCUUCUUUGUCCUAUUCACGGUUGUAGCCGGAGAGGCGCUGCCCCCUGAUGCAAUUCCCGUCAAGUGUGCCGCCAUCUGCGGGCCAAUCGUCGAGCUGAGUUCCAUGUGCAGCCCAAAGAGGUCAUUGGGGGAUUUGGACAGCCGGUCUCUGAAUCCGAGAGAACCUGCCAGACAUGCUAGGAGACACGAUGGGAAACGAGUCGAGGAGGAGGAGAGGAGGGAAAAGCGGUUCUCGGUGAUCAUCCCAGCGCCGACGACGUUCCCUCCAGAUCUGGUAGCUGGAUCGUAUGUUCCGGCAUCGUCUCCAGCGGCUUGGGAAGCACCAGCAGCGCCGGCACAACCGCCGGCACAGAACUACGCUCCUCCGACUCAGCCGCAACCCACUCCGGCCCCGGCACCGGCUCUACCAACUACGUCAAAUAGCUUGACCCCGACGCCGCCUCCCGUGGCGCCUCCGUCCCCCACGCCGUCGAGCGUACGACCACCGACCGUUUCCGUAGGGACGAAGAAGCAAAUGACUGUAUUACCGACGAGUACCUCUGGGCAUCGCACAUCAAGCACACCAGCCAAGACAGUUUCUGGCGGAAGCAUUGGUGAAAUGACUAAUGGACGGGAGGAGAUGGAGAACGCAGAGGAGAAGUGUGUAUGCCAAAACACGAGCUUUAAUGUGGCAGAGAUUGCUGGGCUAUGCGCGAGCUGCAUCGGGAUGAUUGCAGAUACGCAAAACGAUAUGCAAGUCAUCAUGUCUGUGUGUGGCUUUCCCUCACAGCAAUAUAGCCCGGACAAGGACAAGUUGGCGAGCAAUAUCUGGGUCAAGGCAACGAGGCCUACGGCUGGAGCCACGGCAAACGGAGCUUCUCGGUCGACUCGGUGUGUGAGUAUUGGGGCGAUAAUGGGAAUGGGCUUUACGAUUGGGGCCUUGAUGAUGCUAUGA